UAAAUUUGGGAUUUUUAGGGUUUUAAAACUCUUCCUUCUUCAGUUCAGUCACUCGUACAUUUCCAAAACUGUCCACUAUUAUUGCCAUGAAUCUAUGAAAUUCAGCAUGUGGGCACUACGUCGAGUAUCCAUUCCUAUUAGGCCGACUCAAAGAGUGGAGAGGAAGAUGAUGACAUGGAGAAUGGUUUCUCUGAACUUGAAGGUCAUCCAACUGCUUCUGGUGCCACUCUAGAAGAUAAUGCCGAAGAUAAACUAAUUUCUGGCCCAGAGCUAUCUGAAGAGGAGUCUUCUGAUGACUGAAAAUGAGGUGGAGGUAUUAGAUAAUGACACCAAUGUUGCGGAGAAGCUUUCUUCAAGAAAGAUGGGUACUCUAUCUUAGGUGAUCCAGCUUCUUCUCUUGGCAAGUUUUUGGAUAAAUGGGUUGCGGAAGUUACCCGGUUAGAAGUAUUGUCAGCCAUGCUUACUCUGAGGAAACGACAUUUGUCCGGCAAGGCCUUGCAGGUUGCAGCUGCUGGGUAUGAGAGGCAGGCAGUUGCUGACCAAGCUAAUAACCUUGCUUCAAAAAUUCGUAAUAAUUUGACUAAUUCAAUGAAGGCCCUUGGUGUAGACAUUUUAACAGGAUUUGGCACAAUACUGGGUCCUCAAAAGAUCAAAUAUGGAAAAGUUGGCUUUCCUGACAACGUCAUUACUGCAAAAGAUAUAAUUAUAGCUACUGGAUCUGUUCCUUUUGUCCCCAAAGGAAUUGAGGUUGAUGGGAAGACUGUAAUUACAAGUGAUCAUGCUCUCAAAUUGGAAGUUGUUCCUGAUUGGGUUGCCAUAGUUGGAAGUGGAUAUAUUGGGCUUGAAUUCAGUGACGUAUAUACAGCACUUGGUAGUGAGAUAACUCCUGCCGAGGAUGGAAAACCAGUUAUUAUUGAGCUUACUGAUGCCAAGACAAAAGAACCUAAAGAUACUUUGGAGGUAGAUGCAGCAUUAAUUGCAACAGGAAGGGCUCCAUUUACAAAGGGUCUUGGACUGGAGAAUAUCAAUGUGGAAACACAGCGUGGUUUUGUUCCAGUUGAUGAGCGCAUGAGAGUAAUUGAUGCAAACGGCAAUCUGGUUCCUCACUUGUAUUGCAUUGGUGAUGCAAAUGGUAAAAUGAUGCUUGCCCAUGCAGCAAGUGCUCAAGGAAUCUCUGUUGUUGAACAAGUUACUGGAAGAGAUCACGUGCUCAACCAUUUGAGCAUUCCAGCGACUUGUUUCACUCAUCCUGAAAUCAGUAUGGUUGGGUUGACUGAGCCACAAGCGAAGGAGAAAGCUGAAAAGGAAGGGUUUGAGAUAGGUAUCGCAAAAACGAGUUUUAAAGCCAAUACAAAAGCCCUAGCAGAAAAUGAAGGGGAAGGACUUGCUAAGUUGAUAUACAGACCUGACAGCGGAGAAAUACUCGGAGUACACAUUUUUGGAAUGCAUGCUGCAGACCUGAUUCAUGAAGCAUCUAAUGCCAUAGCAUUAGGGACGCGAGUUCAGGACAUCAAGUUUGCUGUCCUUGCGCAUCCAACUUUGUCUGAAGUUCUCGACGAGCUUUUCAAAUCAGCUAAAGUAAGUUUUCUGGCAUUCAGAAUCCUUUGUUCGGACAUCUACAAACACUUUCCACAAACACGUGAAAUGAAUCACCAAUUCACCUUGAGUGAGAAAAUCUCCAUCCUCAAAUUCCCAGCAUUCACAAAAUGAGGAAAAAGACUAUUGAGCGAACUAUCUAGUCUAUCAAGUGUAGCUAAAGUGGCAUUAUUAAAGACCUUUCUUCAAGUUCCAGCUAAGGGAUUCCGAUUGCUGUUCAUUUGGGUACUUGCUUGUGUCCGUAAGUUAGCAUCAAGAAAUUUAGUCGGGAAAAUAUGUAGUUGUAUCAAUCUUUUUAGUUUUCACAUUCACGUGAGGAAUUCGGGUCUAGAGCCAAUUAUAUCGAAUUGAAAGUCUGAAAACAUUAGCAGUUCAAUCUACCAAUUCCAUCUUCUGUCC